AGUCAGCUCGCCGAGGAAGCGACGGCGGACCAAAUUUCGGUGCUCUUCAUCGAGCAGUUAGGCGGUAAAUCCGAUUCAAAAUCCGGUGGUGAUAUCGUUGUUUGCUGAUAUGGUUCAUAAUUGAGACAGGUCUUACGUGAGUUUACGUGGCGCCGCGUAGGGACCUUGGCAGUUUUUACGGAGUUUAAGCAAGGCGUGUUUGUGUUGACUUUUCUCCGAGUUGUCCACAGAUUUUCCUGGAGAUUUUCGUUCAGUUCCGCAUAUAUACUCGACAAAUAUGUGGAGGCUUUGGAGUUGGUACUUAAUUACCUAGGGUAAGACGUACGUCCUCGUCAGCCAUGCUCAUCAAGGAAUAUCGUAUUCCUCUACCACUCACGGUGGAGGAAUACAGAAUUGCUCAGCUCUACAUGAUAGCAAAAAAAAGUCGGGAGGAAAGCAGUGGAGCUGGUAGUGGGGUUGAAAUACUAAUAAAUGAACCCUACAUCGAUGGGCCUGGCGGACAAGGACAAUAUACUAGAAAAAUUUACCACGUAGGAAGUCAUUUACCAGGAUGGAUAAAGGGAAUUCUUCCAAAAACUGCUCUGAUGGUCGAGGAAGAAGCGUGGAAUGCUUAUCCUUACACAAAAACCAGAUAUACAUGUCCUUUUGUUGAAAAAUUUUCAUUAGAAAUCGAAACAUAUUAUUAUGCAGACAAUGGCCAUCAAGAAAAUGUUUUUAAAUUGUCUGGCAGUGAUUUACGAAAUCGAAUAGUAGAUGUGAUAGAUGUUGUUAAAGACCAAUUGUAUGGUACAGACUAUGUGAGGGAAGAGGAUCCUAUGUAUUAUAGAUCAGAAAAGUCUGGUCGUGGUCCAUUGGACGUAAAUUGGUUGGAAGAAUAUUGGGAAGAAGUGAGGGGAAAGCCUCAACCAUUACCAAACGGCAAAGCUCUUAUGUGUGCUUACAAGCUGUGUAGGGUAGAGUUCCGAUACUGGGGAAUGCAAACGAAAAUAGAGAGAUUUAUUCAUGAUACAGCUCUCAGGAAAACAAUGCUUAGGGCUCACAGACAGGCGUGGGCAUGGCAGGACGAGUGGCAUGGGUUAACAAUGGAAGAUAUACGGGAAAUUGAAAGGCAGACCCAGUUAGCUCUGAAAAGGAAGAUGGGUCAAAUUGAAGAUGAAAUAGAUGAAGAUGAUAAUUUAAAUAACAGUGCGGCUAAAGAGGACCCUUGUAAAACAUUAGCUGCCACUCUUGGUAGCAUUGAGGUAUCUGAAGACAGUCCGUUAUUAACAAAAAAUACGAGCAUUCCAGCUAUACAAACUGCUGCAAGCUCUGAUGCUGAUCUUUCACCGGAAGAUGAAAUGUUGUCUAUUAAAAAAGAAGAAAAAUGGCACCAACCACGCAAUUUACACUCUCCUAGUUCAUCAUCGAUUAAAAGUUUUGAUCUACAAGUGGCUAAUUGGCGGAUAGAAAGUUUAGGUAGAGAUUCGGAAUCACCAGCCGAUGAGGAAUAUUUCGAUUGUGAAGAUAUGACGGAUUCUUCUUCGUUAGCAAAAUGGAGUUCCGUAGACCUCCUUACUGAAGAGGAAGUAGAUACAGCAUCACCGACGACUGUUACUGUAGACAAACAAGAAGACAGCAUAUUUUCACCAACAUUCCUACAGAGAGUAGCUAGUGAACGGGGUAACAGACGAUUAAUGCAGAGAGCGAAAAUAAACUCCCUUGAUGCCUCUUGCCCGGACUCACCAAGUGCUUCACCAGCUCAUCAACCCUGUAACACAACAGUAUUAAUAUUAGUCCUCCAUGCUGGAAGUGUAUUAGAUGCUAAUGUAGAUAUGGCUGCAAAGAAAUCCGACGUCACUACUUUCCGUGGUGCAUUCGAGAUGGUGAUGCGGCAACAUUAUCCAUCGUUAAUUGGUCACAUUGCAAUAAGAUUAGUGUCUUGUCCCUCAAUUUGUACAGAAGGAUUAGGAAUAUUAUCCAGCCUUAGUCCAUACAGUUUUGAUGUUUCUCCCUCGUGUAUAGACGUACCACAAAUCACUCACGAUUCCAUUCCUAUUGGUGCUAUUCCUAUAUUAGCUUCCUCAACUUCUGACUAUAUCGAAGCUGUGUCACGGACAAUCACUGCAGCAAAUGCUGCAUAUCAAGACUUUAUUAAAUCAGACGAAGGGCAAGGUUUUGCUGGUCAGGUGUGUUUUGUAGCUGAUUCCAUAGGUUCCAUUUUAGCUUACGAUUCUUUGUGUAGAACAUCAAAGUAUUCUUCAAGACAUGGUAGUGAGAAUAGUAUACUGGAUAAUGAUUAUCAAAAAGACGAUGUACAAAUAAAUGAAACUGGAUAUUUAACUGCACCAUCACCAAGAAGAAGAUCCUCUUCGACGAGCGACCAAUCUGGACAAAUUAAACUAGAGUUUGAUGUAACAGACUUCUUCAUGUUUGGAAGUCCACUUGCGUUAGUUCUAGCAUAUAGAAAGAUAUCUGCCCAAGACGACAAAGCAAACAAUAUAACCCGUCCAACCUGUCUUCAAGUUUAUAAUAUGUUCCAUCCAACUGAUCCUGUGGCUGCAAGAUUGGAACCUCUUUUGUCAGCAAGAUUCUCGAUAUUGCCACCUGUGAAUGUCUCCCGAUAUGCCAAAUACCCCUUGGGCAAUGGUCAACCUUAUCAUUUGCUCGAGAUUCUCCAAACUAACCCACAAAUGUUUAGUGAAACAUUGCAACCUAGACGUUUAUCUGAAGUUUCUAUUCAGAGUACGGUCUCUGGUUUGAUUGAUAAUAUUCCUCUCCAAGCUAUUAAUGCUUUGCAACAAAAAUGGUGGGGAGGAAAACGCAUGGACUACGCUUUAUACUGCCCAGAAGGACUGUCAAAUUUCCCAACAAAUGCACUACCUCAUUUAUUCCAUGCUAGUUAUUGGGAAAGCAAUGACGUUAUUGCAUUCAUUUUAAGACAAAUUGGGGGAAUUGAGGUUACAUCCUUGCCAGGUGGAGACGAUAAUGAACCUAUGUUUCGUCCUGGCCAACCAAGGGAAAAGUGGAUCAAAAAGAGAACAUCAGUUAAGCUUAAGAACGUUACUGCCAAUCAUCGAGCUAAUGACGUCAUUGUACGCGAAGGUGCUCCGCAGGUAUUAACAGCUCGAUUCAUGUAUGGUCCUUUGGACAUGAUAACUCUAACUGGUGAAAAAGUAGAUAUCCAUGUAAUGAAAGACGUGCCUAUAGGGGAAUGGAUUCAUUUAUCUACAGAGGUAACAGAUAAAACAGGAAGAAUAACUUACGCCGUUCCAGAAGAUAAGGCUCUUGGCUAUGGACUUUAUCCGAUCAAGAUGGUUGUGAGGGGAGACCAUACAUCCGUAGAUUUUUUUCUGGCCGUGGUUCCCCCCAAAACGGAAUGUGUUGUAUUUAGCAUCGAUGGAUCAUUUACAGCAAGUAUGUCGGUAACGGGACGGGAUCCUAAGGUUAGAGCUGGUGCAGUGGAUGUAGUCAGGCAUUGGCAGGAAUUGGGAUACUUAAUCAUAUAUAUUACGGGAAGACCUGAUAUGCAGCAUCGUAGAGUAGUAUCCUGGUUGUCACAGCAUAACUUUCCGCAUGGGUUGAUUUCCUUUGCAGACGGCUUGUCUACUGACCCUCUCGGCCACAAAGCUGCAUAUUUAAGUAAUCUAAUCAAUAAUCAUGGUGUAGCAAUACACUCUGCUUACGGUAGUGCCAAAGACAUAAGUGUUUAUACGUCAAUUGGACUGAAAUCAAAACAGAUAUUUAUAGUGGGAAAAGCUUCUAAAAAACAACAAUCCCAGGCUACGGUGCUGAUGGACGGUUAUGCUGCACAUUUAACAAUGUUAAUGUCUCAUGGUGGAUCUAGACCGGCACAGGGUAAUGCUAGAAUGGUAAUUCCUAGGGGAUACUUUGGUCUUCCAGGUCAAAGCUUUUCUAGGCGAAGAAGUAGGUCUGCAAAGAGAGCGACAUCAUAUCCUAUAGCCACUGAAGUACCUCAAGUGGAAAGAUCGAUGAGUACUCGUCGCUACCAAUUACCUAAACCUAUGCUUUCUAUUUCUACAAUCGGCAACCACAGUCCUGGAUAAAGCUUUCUACUGAGUAGAUUAGUUUUAUUAGGUAUUAUCAUUGUUUAUAUUUUUCUACCUAUAUACAUAAAUGAAAAAGUAUUGAAUUGUCUAUUUAAAAUCAAUAUAUUAACUGUUA